AUGGCUAAGAAGGACGAUUCUGCAACAAGACCUCCACUUCAACGCCCCACUAUUACUCUCCCGCCUCGUCCUUCUAUGGAGGCUUUUUUCACCGGCGGUCCUACUGGGGUUAGCCCUGGUCCUAUGACUCUUCUUUCAAGUUACUUCGCCGACGGUGCCGUUGACUCUCCUUCCUUCUCCCAGCUUCUCGCUGGAGCUAUGGCUUCUCCGAUGGCUAUGGGGUUUUUCGGAACUGGGUCUACUCCCAAUUAUUACGCCAAGGAUGGACCCGCCUCGGAAUUGGAAUUUGGGAUGAAACAAUCGAAGCCGGUGAAUUUAGUGGUAGCUCGUUCUCCUCUGUUCUCGGUUCCUCCGGGGCUUAGUCCUUCUGGGUUGCUUAAUUCGCCGGGGUUUUAUCCUCCUCAGAGUCCAUUUGGAAUGUCGCAUCAGCAGGCAUUGGCUCAAGUUACUGCUCAAGCAGCAUUGGCAAAUUCCCAUAUGCAUAUGCAGCAAGCUGAAUACCAACAUUCUUCAGUACCAGCUCCUACAGAACCGCUAGUGCGUGAUCCAUCAUUUUCUCUCGAUGAUGCAUCUCAACUGGCCAUAAUACCCUCCACAUCAGACACAAAAAGUCUGAUUGCAGAAUCGACAGAAGUUUCUCAUUCUGAUAGAAAAUAUCAACCUCCUCCUCCCCCCCAUGGCUCUGAUAAACCUGCAGAUGAUGGCUAUAACUGGCGUAAAUAUGGGCAGAAGUUGGUUAAGGGCAGUGAAUUUCCACGAAGCUAUUACAAAUGCACUCAUUUGAAUUGUCCCGUAAAAAAGAAGAUUGAGCGCUCACCUGAUGGUCAAAUUACUGAAAUUAUUUACAAAGGCCAGCACAACCAUGAACCUCCUCCAGCCAACAAACGUGCAAGAGAUAAUAUUGAGCCGGCUGGAUGUACAAAUUCAUUGAUUAAGCCUGAAUGUGGCUUGCAAAACCAAGCUGGAAUUUUGAACAAGUCAAGUGAAAAUGUGCAAUUAGGGUCUAGUGACAGUGAAGGACGAGCUGAUACAGAGAUAACGGAUGACAGAGAUGAAGAUGAGCCAAAUCCAAAGCGGCAGAACAUUGACGCAGGGACAUCUGGAGUUGCCUUGUCACAUAAAACACUCACAGAACCAAAAAUCAUUGUCCAAACAAGAAGUGAGGUUGACCUGUUAGAUGACGGUUAUAGGUGGCGCAAGUAUGGGCAGAAAGUGGUUAAAGGAAAUCCUAACCCUAGGAGCUACUACAAAUGCACUAGUGCUGGGUGCAAUGUCCGAAAGCAUGUUGAGAGGUCUUCAACAGACUCGAAAGCUGUUGUAACUACGUACGAAGGGAAACAUAACCAUGAUGUUCCUGCAGCCAGAAACAGCAGCCACCACACUGUCAACAACACUGUCCACCAUAUCAAACCACUCAAAGUUGUAGCUCAGAAACAUCCAUUACUUAAAGAGAUGGAAUUUGGAACUAAUGACCAGAGACCUGCCGUUUUGCAGCUUAAAGAAGAACAAAUCACUGUGUAA